AUGCUUCUCGAGCCUUACCACCUGGUCGCUCCGCUCCUCCUGAUCCUCAUGGCUGCCGGUCGCUGCCUCGCGGCCACCGGCGGCGGUGGCACCAGUGACGGUCGGCAGUUCGCCUACAACGGGUUCACGGCUGCGAACCUGACGCUCGAAGGCGCAGUCGUCAAGUCGAACGGCCUCCUCAUGCUGACCAACGGCACCAUUCAGACGAAAGGCCAGGCCUUCCACCCGUCGCCUCUGAUGUUUCGCGCCGAGGCGAACGGCACCGGCGCCGUGCGGUCUUUCUCCACUACUUUCGUCUUCGCCAUCUACGGGCAGUACGCCGACCUAAGCAGCCAUGGCAUGGCCUUCUUCGUCUCAGCGUCCAGGGAGUUGCUCUCCACUGCGUCGCCAGGCCAGUUCUUGGGCCUCACCGACACCGAUGGAGGCAACCCGAGCGACCACAUCUUCGCCGUGGAGUUGGACACACUCUUUAACGCCGAAUUCCGCGACAUCAACAGCAACCACGUCGGCGUCGACGUUGAUAGCCUGGUGUCGCUCGGCUCCGCCGACGCCGGGUACUAUGCCAACGAUGACAUCGGGAGUUUCCAGAAGCUAAGUCUGAUAAGCCGGAAGGCCAUGCAAGUGUGGGUGGACUAUGACAAGAGGACCACAGAGAUCACCGUGACCAUAGCUCCCUUGGGCGUUCCCAGGCCCUACUUAACCCUGCUGCAGACCACCAUCGACCUCUCUGGCGUGAUGCAGAGCACGGCGUACGUCGGCUUCUCGUCAGCGACAGGCGUGCUCACCACACGACACUUCGUCCUCGCCUGGAGCUUCGCGCUGGAUAGCCCAGCCCCUGCGCUGAACAUCUCAGCACUGCCGGCCUUGCCGCCGUUGGUCUCGCCAAAGUCCAAGGUUCUGGAGAUUGUGCUGGCCUUAGCGUCGGCGACACUGGUUUCGGCUAUAGCAAUCGGAUUCUACGUAUUUGUAAGACGGCGUCUCAAGUACUCCGAGGUGCAUGAGGACUGGGAGGUUCCGUUCGGCCCAAACCGAUUCUCUUACAAGGACUUGUUUCAUGCAACCGAAGGGUUCAGCAACAACAAUCUGCUCGAUAGGGGAGGUUUUGGAAGUGUCUAUAAGGGUAUGCUUCGCAAGCCUGCCAUGGAGGUCGCCGUAAAGAGGAUGUCACACGAUUCAAGGCAAGGAGUAAGGGAGUUCAUUGCCGAGGUGGUGAGCAUUGGUCGUCUUCGACACCGAAAUAUCACACAAUUGUUAGGCUACUGCAGACGGAAGGGUGAGCUUCUCCUGGUUUAUGAUUACAUGAAAAAUGGUAGUCUUAAAAAGUAUCUGCAUAGUAGAAAUAGCCCAACUUUGUGUUGGUCUCAGAGGUAUUCUAUCAUCAAAGGUGUGGCAUCAAGCUUACUGUAUCUACACUCUAUCAUCAAAGGUGUGGCAUCAAGCUUACUGUAUCUACAUGAGGAAUGGGAGCAGGUUGUCAUUCACCGAGAUAUAAAGGCAAACAAUGUGCUAUUGGAUAGUAAGAUGAAUGGACGGUUAGGCGAUUUUGGUUUGGCAAGGAUAUAUGACCAUGAAAACACCGCUGAAACCACCCAUGUGGCUGGCACCAUGGGAUAUCUUGCGCCUGAACUCUCACGCAAGGGGAGGCCAACACCCUUCUCCGAUGUGUAAGCAUUUGGCGUGUUUCUCCUAGAGGUCACAUGUGGACGCAAGCCAAUCUUCAUCGAUGAGCAGAACAAUCGGGUGUUGUUGGUCGAGUGGGUGCUUGAGCACCACCACAACGGCUCAAUGCUCGACACGGUGGAUCCACGACUCGGACGGGAAUUCAACACGGAAGAGGUAACCAUCGUGCUCAAAUUAGGUUUGCUAUGCACAUAUCCAUCGCCCAACGCGUGGCCUAUCAUGCGAAAGGUCAUGCAGUACCUCGACCAUGAUCAAUUGCCUCCUGAUUUAUCACCAGCCUACAUAAGCUACAUCAUGAUGGCCCAAAUGCAAAAUGAAGGGUUUGAUUCGCACAACAUGCCAUGUUCUCAACCCAUAGCGAGUGUUGCCACUGUAUCAGGAGAGUCCUCAGCGACUAUUUUGCGAGAGGGAAGAUAAAGUGUGUAUUUAAUUGACCUCUCUCUCUCUCUCUGUGUGUGUGUGUUUGUGUGUGUGUGUGUGUGUGUUGAAUUACUAAGAAG